AUGUCGGGCCUGUUCGCCGCAGCCUUGAGGAAAUCUCGUCGCCUGUCGCUGCCCUUUGUCCGUUCCGCCAAGGAGCGCCGUCGAGCCGAGGAGGCCGCCGCCGCCGCCGAGGCCGCCAGCGUGCUCACCCUCGGCUGCCUCGUCGAGACGCCCUCGAUCGUCUUCUACGACGAGCCCCAACGCAGCACCGGCGCCUUGCUCUCGGGCGAGGUCUCCAUCGACGUGCACGACGCCGCCGUCACCGUCGACCGCCUCGACGCCACGCUCGCCCUGCACACGGUCCAGAAGCGGCCCUUUCAAGGCCACUGCGCCGGCUGCCAGACCCAGGUCCACGACCUCGCCAGGUGGUGCCUCGUCGACCAACCCUGCGGCUUCCGCCGAGGCCGCCACCAGUUUCCUCUGAGCACCCAUCUCUCGGGCACCCUCCCCGCCGCUCUUGACACGCCCGUCUUCUCCGUCGCCUACCGCCUCAAGGUCGACGCCCUCGUCUCGCGCAAGGACGCGCCCCCCAUCCGCUACAGCCUCGAGCGCCUCCUGCCCGUCAACCGCUCCCUCCCCCAUCGCCUCUACCCGCUGCUCGCGACGCGCGUCUUCCCGCCCACGUCCAUCCGGGCGAGGGCCGAGUGCCACGCCGUCAUCCACCCCGACGUCGCCAACAAGCUGUCGCUCCACCUCGACGGCCUCGUCUCCGAGCCCGACAAGUUCCACAUGGUCGACCUCUGGAAGCUCAGGAGGCUGACGUGGAAGCUCGAGGAGACGAUCCGCACCACGGCCCCCGCUUGCCCGAGGCAUGCCCCGAGCGCCCGCUGGAUCAGCGUCGACGAGAACGGCGCCUUCCGCAAGGGCCUCGUCCGCUCCGAGACGCGCGUCGUCGGCGACAAGGUGCUCCUCGACGGUUGGAAGGCCAACUACGCCGACGCCCGCGGCACCGUCGACGUCGACCUUGACUUUGGCACCAACAAGCACGUCGUCGCCAAGCCCCCCGCCACCCCGUCGCCUCGACCCUACGCCUGCGACCUGUCCUCGGCCGGCACCCGCAUCACGCACGCCCUGCAGCUCGAGAUGAUCGUCUCCAAGGAGUUUGCCCCCGAGGGCAAGCUUCACAAGACGACGACGACGGGCGUCGGCCGCGUCCUGCGCAUGGCCUUGGACGUCGUCCUCACCGAGCGCCCCGGCGUCGGCGUCAGCUGGGACCUCGAGGCUCCACCCGUCUACGAGGAGGUGUCGCCGAGCCCUCCCGUCUACACCUCGGCCGCCUGCCGCCCACCUCCGGCACCCCCGGUCCGCUCCGAGAAUGCAAUCGUCGCCGGCCAGCGCUCGUAG